AUGACGAACGAGGAAGCCCAGGUCAUUGUGCAAAAUAUCUGUUCAUACGAGUUUCCCUACUUUUUUGACCUUUCGCAGCAAUAUGCGUUAUUCAGGACCUACGCAGUGGAAAAUAUAGCCAAGCUGCUUGUUUCCGUAAGUGACCUGAGCAAGUCUGACCAAUCUCCAAAGAGAUACGAAGACACUGAAAUCAUAUUUGUUUGCUUUGCCCACUAUGCUCCAACUUCGUCGAUGCUGCGGAAGGCGGUAGCACGCAUGAACUACCUACAUGCUCCAUAUAUUAAGUCAGGAAGGAUUCUGAAUAAAGACCUCCUCUACGUUCUUUCUACUGCCAUGUCGGAACCCGAGAGGUUCAUGCGUCUAUACGAAUGGAGACCGCUUUUGGAAAUGGAAGUUGCCGCAGUCGCCUCAGUCUGGAAAUACGUAGGAGACUUGAUGGAGAUUGACUAUGAAGCAGAGCUCGGUAAAAACCAGUGGAGAGAUGCAAUCGAGUUCCUGGACGACGUUUCACAAUGGGCGAGCAAAUACGAAGAGCAGUACAUGCGGCCGAUGGACGAGGUUGCGCAACUGGGAUCUGUUCUCAUGGACUUGCUGUUUUUCCCCGAGCCUGGUGUCGCCGUGUGCGCGCUCACUUACACACUUCUCCUGCUACGGAAACUUUUCCUCCGAUAUCUCUCGCUGCCCAGAUUCUGUCGUGUAGUUUUUGUUACCGAACCGGAUCCGACAAGCAAACGAAUGAAGCACCUCCAUUACUUGAAGGAGCCGUGGUAUACACCGGCGACUUUCUGGUGGCGCUGGGGACCAACUGCCUGGGCCAGGUGGGCGGCGGGAGGCAUGGUCCCCGGUGAUAAUGAGGAGAUGAAGCCUGAAGGAUUUUUGUGGGAAGAUAUCGGGCCUCGAAGUACGAUGGGAAAGGGUUCUGAAGAGACGGCAAAGCUUGAGGAAGUCGUGCAACAGCGGGCAACGGGGAAGUGCCCAUUUGCUGUUCCGUCAAAGACUUGA